CUGACCUAUUCACUAGUACUACGGACAAGUUGAGCAGCGAACUGUUAUGCAUGGUUUGAAGUGGUGCAUACUUAUUAUAGACCACCUGCCCCAAAUCUCGGAAACACCUUUCUCACAAGACGGUCGCAAGAUUUGUGCUCCGAGGGGAGGGUACAAUGCGUUUAUGCGAUAGAACUUUUUAGAUGUACGCCUUGUCACACCGACUUACAUUUCCUUCUCAGACAAUGCCACUGGUCCACAAGGCUAGUGUUAUUGCCGCCCCAUCUUGGCCUCAUCUGUCGAAAAUAACCCAAGAUACUUUGUAUAAAAGACCAGCAUUCUCUGCCUUUUCCUUUGUCAAUUCUUCGUCUCACUAUCGAAUCAUCAAACUGCUCGCGACCUACAUCUUAUACAAUGCCUUUUUCCACUGAUGGAGUGUAUACUAUGAAGAACAUUGCCAGAGACCUCAUGCUCGAUCUGAAGGAGGGCGAUACCACUGAAGGCAAUCAGAUUCAAGGCUUCGUCGAAGAUGGCACCGCGGCUCAACAGUGGAUAAUCAAGAGACAUUACGUGUCAGGGUCCUCAAACAAAAUCGUCACCAUUCAGUCCGUUAUCAGCGGCACCAAUGGAAAUGGAUUCUUUACUGCUGCGAACCAGGAUUCGGAUGAACCGAUCAUUUACACCACGCAGGCGUUUAUCGUCGAUCUUGUUCCACAGGCGGAUAGUACCUACACCAUUAGAUACAUCUCCGGGGAAGAUAACCUGGUGUUAUCCAUUCCAAGUCCGAGGCGCGGUGAAGUGAAACUGGAGACUUACGUCCCAGGAACUCCCCACCAGCAGUGGCGAUUGACCCGUGUUUCUGAUCUACAAUCAUUUGCCUAGUUUUCGCCACCAGGUACCACCAUGAGCUUGCAGAGGUAUGCCGACGCUGAGCUAUUGGAAGUGUUUUUGCCUAUAUGUACUCGUCUCCUUUGUUGCGUAUGUGUACGUUGAUGCAAUAGGAUUGCUUUGGUCUGACUC